AUGCUUAAAUCAAUUAGACGUAAGUUAUAAUCUAUAACAGAAUAUGAAAAUGAAAAUUAUGAGAUUACAAUAGAAUUACUUCUACGAGGUGAGUUGAGUAAAACAGAGUUGGAAUUUUUGAUGAAAAACUUUGGGAAUUUAAAAUUCUUUGAGGAAUAGAAAGCAAAACUUCCACUUUAUCUUUAUACUCAAAUCUACAAGAACCUUAAUUAUGAGAAUGUUAAAGCUUAUGAAUCUGUGUUUAAUUAUGGUGAUAUGGGAUCCACGUAUUAUAUAAUUCUGAAAGGGGAGGUCGUGGUAUUGCUACCAAAGCCUCAGAUACAAGAAGAUCUCUUUAAUCAUAGAUUGACAGUUGAUUAGAUGAGAUAGCGAAUUGAGAAUGAGAAAAGGAAAUAAUUUAGUGAUUUUAAUGAAUUCUUAACAAUUGCAUAUUCAGACUUCAUAAAGGUUAGAACCUUAAAGGCUGGAGAUACUUUCGGUGAGUUGGCUCUUAUAACAAAAUCAAAGAGAACAGCAACUAUAAUAUGUAGUGUCGACUGCCAUUUUAUGACUCUCUAGAAAAAUGCUUUCGAUCGUAUAUUAUAUGAGCAUCAUAAUUCAAUUCACAAGUAGCAACUAGCCUUCUUUGAUAACAUUCCUUAUUUGCAUGGGAUACCUGACCAGCAUCUGACUCAAUUGAUGCAUUAAAUGAUUGAGAUAUAACCUAAAUUAAACAGCACAAUUUAUAAGGAAAAUGAAGAGUCACACUCAGUUUAUUUUAUAAUGACUGGGGAAGUGGAAUUAUCAUAUCAAAUAAAUAAUCGAUAACGGAUUGUAAUAUCUUUAAUGACUAAAGGAGCUAUUUUUGGAGAAAAUGAAAUUCUUAAAGGAGUUAAAAGGUCUCAAAAGGCUACAUGCAAGAGUAAUGAGACUAUACUGAUGACAUUGAGUGCUCAAUAGUUUCUUUCAACUUUAGAAAAUCAUAACUUAACUAAUGAUUGUUCCAAGAAGUCAGAGUUAAAGGCAGAGAGACAUUCAAAAUAAAUACUCUUGAGGAGGAAGGCAACUGAAUCGUUACUUACUUGUCGUCCUCCAACCAAGACCAUUUUGAAUUUAGAUUCAGAAAUAACUCGCUUUCAUUCGACUAGACAGAUUUCUUUGAGCAAUAGACUCAGUAAUCAUCCACCAAUUACCAGCACCAAUUGUCUAAUCCCUAUUGAAAUUCCACAUUAUAUCAAAUUGAUGCCACAGUAUCAAAGAUAAACUCAUUCAAUUUUUAAAUUAAGUAAUAGCAAUAGACUAAAAAAUCUACUAAAAACAGAAAGAAGUGAAUUAACUUAAUUAAAAGGAUCUUCUUACUACUCAACUACUUCUCAAUAAUCUCCAAAGCACUGUGUUAAUAUACACGUGGAGAGAUUAAGAAAAUCUAGACAAAGAUGA